AUGGAUUUUGCUAUGGGAUGGAAUCGUUUCAGUUUAUCUGUACUUGGCGUGUGGCCAGAACCGAGAAAGAUGUCUAACCUGUCACGAUUCGCGUCUAACUUUAUAUUCUGGUUCACGACUUUGAUAACGGUUGUCUUCAUAUGCGCUCCCCAAAUGACGCAUUUGGUAUUAAAAUCGACGAAUUUGGACGAGGUGAUAGAGAAUCUGUCGGUCAACAUACCGAUGCUCUUCUCAUUGGGCAAGCAAAUCAUUCUGCGUUAUCGUAGAAAAGCGCUAGUAUUCUUAAUGAGCCAAAUAUUCGACGACUGGGCGGAACCAAUCCCGGAGGUGGAUCGCCACACGAUGCUGAAGACCGCGAAAAUUAGUCGAAUGAUAUCCAUAGUCUGUUCUAUCCUGACGUAUGUCAUGGUUUUGGCCUUCUUGUCACUUCAAAUUUGGAGCAGCAUGCAAAACACCUCGGAGUUCAACGUAGGAGGACUACUUAUCCCGGCCACAUUUCCAUACGACACGAAUAAAAGUCCUAAUUACGAAAUUACUUGGCUUGGACAAUUUGUGGGGACAGUGUUGAGCGCGAUAUGUUAUUCCUGCUUCGAUACGUUCGUCGCUGUUCUCGUGUUACACAUAUGCGGCCAAUUAACUGUUCUCCGCAUUGCCCUCGAGAAUCUUGCUAACACGACAAUAAAAGACAACUACAGCAAGUUCCAAGAACGAUUAGGAUACAUUGUGCACAGGCAGAAUCAAUUGUUCAGGUACGCUGUGAUAGUGGAAGAUUGCUUCAACAUCAUGCUGCUCGUUCAAACUUUAAUGUGCACCGCCAUGCUCUGUAUGACUGGAUAUCGCAUGAUGACCUCUGUUAAUCAGGAGCAAGAGGAUGUACCGAUUAUUGGAGUAAUAUUUUUUAUCUCACACGUGACCUAUACCAUGUUACAUCUAUUUAUUUAUUGCUACGUGGGCGAAACACUUCUUGGACAAAGUACUGGAAUUGGCCAAUCUGCAUACGACUGUAACUGGUACGAUUUACCACCGAAGCAUGCUGUUUCGUUAGUUAUCGUGAUAUGUCGCGCGCAAGUGUCCUUUCAAAUAACCGCUGGAAAAUUCAGUCCCUUUUCUCUCGAGCUGUUUAACGCUGUUUUAAAAACGUCUGCUGGAUAUCUUUCCGUGUUGCUAGCUAUGAAAGACAGACUGGUCGAAGAGAACUGA